UGUUAUCAUUACAUUUAUUAAUUGUUAUUAUUCUGAAACAAAAAUGGCACUGGAAACUGCAGCGCAGGAGGAUAUCCAAACUACCAUUCAACAGGAGUACAAAAUUUUAGCUGAAUAUAAAAUGGUGGAAUCAGAAAAGGUGGGUGGAGUCUACGUCAUACCUUCUUUUGGAAACUCACUGUUGUGGUAUGGUGUCAUAUUUGUUAGACAAGGUCUCUAUGAAGAAGGUGUUUUCCGUUUCAACAUUUCUCUGCCCGAUACAUUUCCUGAAGACAAAACUGUGCCGACGGUGAUAUUUCAAAAUGAAAUGUUUCAUCCUUUAAUAUGUCCUUUUACGGGAACAUUGGACUUAUCAUAUGCCUUUCCGCAAUGGCGCUUUGGCGAAGAUCAUGUAUGGCAAAUUCUAAAGUAUAUACAAGCUAUCUUCAUUGAUCCUUCAGAAUGUCUGAGAUCAUCAACUACAGCCAAGUGGCAAAAUAAUGAGGCAGCAGAGUUGCUAACGCAAAAUCGUGCCGAAUACAUAUCCAAAGUUAAACAUUGUAUAAAUGCCAAUAAGGAGCAUCUCUAUGAUGAGCCUCCCACUGAUGACCCACAUUAUAUUACAUUCGAGCAAUAUAACGAAGAAAUUCAUGGUCCCAUAAAACAACGCAUACGAGAAGGUAAGGAACCAACCAUGGCCAAUGGCACCACAAGUACAACGUCUUCAGCUUCGAAGGGUUUGUCUUGGGUUAAAGAUGGAGAGUACACUCCUUUAAGUAUAGACUAGCAUACAAUUUAUUUUUCUUCCCAUUAUUUUUACAUAUUUACAAUUUUUUCUUUUAACCAUAAACUAUAAAAUUCUAAGAAGUUUAAACAAAAUAUUAUGACUAUACAAGCAAUUACGUUUAGAACGCUACCUACCUAGUUAUUGUAUUUCCUUAUUGGAGUUUACCCCAAAACGUUGUGUACUAGCAACCCAACUAUUUUGUAAUAAAUGUUUUUUAUCCUUCCACCAUAUGUGUGAAGGUCCACUUUG